AUGUUCCUAUAUAAACAUUAUUUUGACUCAAUUGGGUCGGGUGUCACUGAUCUCUCUGUUUCUCACUCUCAUUCAGAGUUGGACAGGAAUAGCCCUCCGGUACGUUUCAGCAGGACUUGUCUGAAGAAUUUCUUCUCGGUUCUGCUUAUUUUUGUCUAUUUGCUGCUGAUGGCUGUCGCUGUGUUCCUGGUCUACCAAACCAUAACUGACUUCAGGGAGAAGCUCAAGCACCCGGUCAUGUCUGUGUCAUACAAGGAGGUCGAUAUAUAUGAGGCUCCUGGUAUUGCUCUGUAUCCGGGUAAAGCUGAACUACUAAGCUGUGAGCAUCAUCUGUAUGAUCACAUCCCGCCACUAAAAAACCCCGGCCAGCCUGGAGAGAACCGCUGUGUGACCCAGAAGAUCAACUACAUUGACCCGUUCACCAACCAGACCAUGAAGCAUGCGCUCAUUGUUAAUGGCCCUCGUGAAGUGCGGAAGAGAGAGCUGGUCUAUCUGCAGUUCCACCUUAAUGAGACAGAACAAGACUUCAGCGCUAUCGACUACUUACUCUUCUCAUCUUUUCAGAAUUUCCUAACUAGUGCAAAUCAAACAAAGUUCAUGCAAGAUUGUGAGAGUUCAUUCUCCAGCUGGAAGUUCUCCGGGGGAUUCCGCACUUGGGUGAAAAUGUCUCUUGUGAAGUCAACGGAGGAAGAUGGAAGCCAAUCGGUAGAAUUCAGACAGGAGACAAGUGUGGUGAAUUACAUUGAUCGAAGACCAGCUGCUGACAAGGGGGACCAAUUGUUCUUUGUGGUAUUCGAAUGGAAAGACCCGUACAUUCAAGAAAUUCAGGAUAUCAUCACUGCCAACCCCUGGAGCAUGAUCGCUCUGCUCUGCGGCGUCUUUCUGGUUUUAUUUAAGGCUGCCGACUUUGCCAAGCUCAGCGUGAAGUGGAUGAUCAAAAUCCGCAAGCGGCAUCUGAAGAAGAGAGCGCGGGAGCUGAACCACAUAAGCUGA